AUGGUCGUGUUUCUGUUCAUCUUCGGCUUGGUGGCGCUAGCGGCCGGUGGAGCUUUCCUUGUUCGCCGCAGCGUACUCGCCGAACCCGAGCCGAGCCAGCGGCGGCUCGCGAGGCCACCAAGCGUACUUGCCGAGCGAAUGGCAGAGGUCAGGCGGACGCAACAAUCGUUGAGUCCGGAGGAACGGCGACAAUCGACUCGGAGGCACCGGGUGGGCGUCGGAACGAGUGGGGGUGGAGGCGGGAACAGCAGCGGGACAAAGUAUGGGGACGGCAGAGGGCCCCGGCCCUUGUCGAGGCGCUCUUUUCUCAUGUCCGACGAUUCGACGGGCGGGCCGCCGUCCCCCCCCCGAGAGGACUCCCCUCUGCUGGGCAGCAGGACUGAAAGGUCGCCGCAGUCCUCGUCGGCCGGGGUGCUCGCCCUCGCCGGCAGCGACAGUGACGACGACGAAGAACAAAAGGGAGAAAAGAAGAACGCCACGGGCGACUGGGCAGGCGUAGACGUGGAAAAUGUCGUCCAAGUUCCUGGUGGCAGCGAUCUCGGCGAUAGCGACGCCGGCAGCAGGAAGACGACGGUUUCGGCUGCCCCCACCACCCUCAGCGCGGCAGACGAGGCGUUGCUCGGCACCUUCAUGGAAGUCUUAUCAGAGGGACUCCCGAUAAAGAUCCACCGAACGUCCAAGCGGGCGAGGAAGACCACCCUUUGGCUCAAGGGCGCCGACACGCUCGUGUGGUCCUCGAAGCGCGCCAUCGGCUCGAAGCAGUGGCACAAGCAGAGCCUCGGAGGCGUGACUAGCGUGCAGGCCGGGAAGGGUGGGUCCGACUCCCUGAUCAUCGGGUCCGGCGAGUCGGCCCCCGAGGACUCGUGCUUCUCCCUGUGCUUCCCGUCCGUCUCGAUGGGCUUCGAGGCGGCAAGCGAGCUGGAGCGAGACGCCCUCGUGCAAGGGUUUGCGAUGCUGGUGGAGGAUAUCAAAGCCGCGGCGGACGAGCAGAAGUACGGCGACACCGAGGCGGCGAUUUUCAGAGACAUGGCAUCGAUGGGUUCUUGA